AUGGCUUCCACCAAGAGCUCCCAUUCUCCAAGAGUAGGAUAUUCUAGUGGGAAGGUCCUCGGCGCCUUGAUCUUGCUCCGGCUUGUCAACGUUGCCUUGACCCAGACCUUCUUCCAGCCGGACGAAUAUUUCCAAUGUCUCGAACCAGCCUGGCAGGCCGCCUUUGGGAAAGACAGCGGUGCAUACAUCACCUGGCUCAGGUCCUCGCUGCACCCAGCACUGUUUGCCGCCGUUUAUAAGCUUGCUGACCUGGUCGGGCAAUAUGUCGUACCCGGUCUCAGAACGACGCUUCUUCUUUGGGCACCUAAAGUUACCCAGGCGGUGAUUGCGGCCCUGGGAGACUGGUACACCUGGAGGCUGGCCAAAAGGCUUUACAGGGAUGACACGGCUGCCUCGACUGCUGCAUGGUACGUCUCAGUGAGGACGUUCUCCAACUCUUUGGAGACGACGCUUACCAUUGCGGCGCUCAACUAUUGGCCCUGGGACUUGUUCCAACCUCCUGUAAAGGAAAAGAUCAGAUCCUUCGGGUCCAUGAUCCGUAGCCCGGAGGGUCUCAGGAGUCUCCGACUUUCCCUUGUUUUGGCUGCGACUGCGGUCCUUCUCCGACCUACAAAUAUGUUCAUCUGGGCGCCUGUCUUCAUUUUCACCCUCAUUCCGAAUCGCCUGUCGCCUCUCCUGACUCAUCCCACCCUUAAGGAGACCGUCCUUUUUAUCCGCGAGGUGGUAGUUUACGGUGUUCUGACCCUCGCGGCCUCCCUAGCCGCUGACCGCCUCUACUUUGGCUUCUGGACCUUCCCGCCCUAUAAGUGGCUCUACUUUAACCUCUCCCAGUCCCUCGCCAUCUUCUACGGCGAGAACCCCGGCCACUACUACCUCACCCAGGGACUCCCACUCCUCUGCACCACCCUCCUCCCCUUCGUCCUUCUCGCGCUAUGGAGAUCCGACCCCGAUCCCGCUGUAUCCCAAGCCUUCAAGGUCUUCAGAUGGGCAGUCUACCUGACCAUCACCAUCCUCUCGCAAGUCUCCCACAAAGAAGCCCGCUUCAUCUACCCCCUCCUCCCCCUCCUCCACAUCCUCGCCGCCAAACACGUCUCCCACUUCUUCCUCUGGUCCCCCUCCCACCCAUCCAUGCCCUCCCAGCUCCACCACAAAGGCUACCUAGCCGCCGGCCUCCUCAUCAACCUCCUCCUAGCAUCCUACCUCUCCGUCGCCCACCAACGCGCCGUCAUCUCCGUCCUCGACUUCCUCCGCGACCAAUAUGCGACGGGUGAUAUCUCCACAGCCCCCAUGACGUUCGGCGACAAUAAACCAUACGUAUACUUCCUCACUCCGUGCCACUCUACCCCCUGGCGCUCACACCUCAUCCACCCUAACCUCUCCGUCGGAGCCCUCACUUGCGAUCCACCCUUACACACGGCGCCCGGGACCAUGGAGAGGGCGUUAUACAGGGACAUGGCCGACCGCUUCUACGAUAGUCCCAUCGGGUUCCUCUCCCACGAACUUUGGCCCGUCGAGGCGCCGUCGGAGGACAAGGCCGGCGCGGUGGGGGUUCCUCAUUUUAUUGUUGGCUUCGAGGGGAUUGAGCCGGUGAUUACGGAGUUUUUUGAUGGGCCUGGUAGGGAGCACGGCGUGGAGUUGAAGCGUGUGUGGGAGGGUUGGAAUGGGUUUUUUAGUGAAGAUUGGAGAAGGUCUGGGAAGUUGAUUGUUUGGGAGACGGGUGUAUAG